AAUAGAACAAAAAAUAUACAGCACACAUUUGUAUGAGUGAUUAUAAAUGAAUUCCUUAUUUUAAGUCUAUAAUAUUUGAAUACAGGUUUUCUUGACUACAUUGUUUUUGAAGAAAAAUAUUGUUUAUGGUUAUUAGAUGUUUCAUCUUUUCCGAGUAAAUUUCUAACUUCCGGCCAGUUUGUCAGUUGAAAAACAAUAUUGAGAAAGGCAGAUUUUAAGUGUUUACUGAUUUAUGUUGCUGUGAUGGACCUAAUUUUCAUCCAUUAGACGAACAGAAUUAUUAGGAAAUAUGAAAUUUCAAGUGACAUUAGUUUUGGCAGUUUUAUUUUUGGGAUUAACAUGUUUACACGAAGUUGUUGAUGCAGCUUCAACACCACUAAAAACUCCCCAACCAAAAGCUGACCAGCAGGACCAUGAUCAAAUACAUGAUAUUGAACUUCUUUGGCAAAACAGUACCUUUCCAAAUGACACAGAGACCAACACCACCAGCACCUCUACAACUCUUACACCAACCAAGGCUCCCACCAAACCAGUGGGACCAGAACUACCAGAAAAAGGGGCUGCUGAACAAGAGCACCAUAGUAGUAUGACCAUAUUUUUCAUCCUUUUGGUUGUAGCAAUUUGUAUUAUGGUUACACAUGGACUGAUUCAGACAAAGUUCCACUAUCUACCAGAAAGUAUAGCUGUAGUUCUCAUAGGUGCAUUAAUUGGUGUUGGUAUAAAAAUAUUGAAGAUUGGAAAUUGGCAGAAUGAAGAAGCCUUUCCUCCAACAGUAUUCUUCAUUGUUUUACUCCCACCAAUCAUAUUUGAGUCUGGUUAUAAUUUACAUAAGGGUAACUUUUUCCAGAAUAUAGGAUCUAUAUUAUUGUUUGCUAUAUUUGGUACUGUUAUCUCAGCCUUGAUUGUUGGAGGUGGACUAUACUUACUAGGGAAGGCUGGUCUUGUGUAUGAGUUUGAUAUAGUAGAAAGUUUUGCCUUUGGAUCUCUGAUCUCAGCGGUUGACCCUGUAGCCACUUUAGCCAUCUUCAAAGCUUUAAAUGUUGAUCAGAUAUUAUACAUGUUGGUAUUUGGAGAGAGUGUCCUGAAUGAUGCUGUAGCCAUUGUAUUGACCACGACGAUUUUGGAGUACAAUAAACCAGAUGUUGUCAUCACCAGUGGAGCUUCAGCAUUUUUUGGAGCAGUUGGAAGGUUUUGUGUUAUGUUUUUUGCAUCAUCUGCCAUAGGAGUUUUACUUGGUUUAAUAAGUGCCCUGUUAUUGAAACAUUUUGAUCUGAGAAAAACACCUUCAUUAGAGUUUGGUUUAAUGCUCACAUUUUCAUAUCUCCCAUAUGGGUUAGCAGAGGGAUUACAUUUAUCAGGUAUCAUGGCCAUUUUAUUUUGUGGUAUUGUGAUGUCUCAUUACACUCAUUCAAAUCUAUCACCAGUCACACAGAUCACUACACAGAUGACAUUUAGAACUAUAUCAUUUAUAGCAGAAACCUGUGUAUUUGCCUAUCUUGGAUUAGCCAUAUUUAGUUUUAAUGGUUUGAUAGUCAAGCCAGCUCUAGUCAUAUGGGGUAUUGCACUUGUUCUAAUAGGAAGAGCUUUCAACAUAUUUCCAUUAACAUUUCUAGCUAAUUUCUUCAGAGAACAUAAGAUUACUCGUAAAAAUCAAUUUAUAAUGUGGUUUAGUGGUUUACGAGGUGCUGUUGCAUUUGCCUUAUGUUUACAUUUAGAAUUUUCUAAGGAAGAUAAAGAGAAAAGAUACAUUUUAGUGACAACCACUUUAAUCAUAGUUUUAUUUACCACUAUGUUUCUUGGUGGAGCUACAAUGCCUUUAAUGAAGCUUUUAGAUGCCACAGCAAAAACAAAGAAAAAAAAGAAAUCUGGCAAAGAAGUUUCUCUCAGUAAAACUAAAGAAAUGGGAGAAACAGUAGAUACUGACCAUUUAUCAGAGUUAACAGAAGAGGAAUAUGAAAUCCAUUAUUUAAAACCAAACCAAAAAGGCUUUCUAAAGUUUGAUGCUAAAUAUCUUGUGCCAUUCUUUACAAGAAGAUUUACUAAACAGGAAGUAAGAGAAGGACAAACACAGAUGAACUAUCUGACAAAUCAGUGGUUUAAAGAUGUGAAGAAAGUAGCUCCUACAAUGUCUGACUCAGAAUCUGAAGAUGAAGUGGAGACUAGCCUCAUUGACAAUGAAGUGACUAAUAACUGAUCAGCAGUAAAUUGCUCAAAAGAAACUUGUAUUUAUUCAGUCAUUGUAGUAUUUAUUGAAUUUAUCGUAUUUUCAUGAAGAAUAUUUAUGUUUAUCAUUGAUAAAGAUGCCACUGAUUUUUUUUCAAAAUGUUAAAAAUGUGAUGUACUGUGUACUUUUACCAUCUUUUAUAGACAUGUUCAUUUUGUAUGUAAAGUUUUGAGUAUUACUUUUUAAAUUCAUUCAUCUUUAAUAAUUGGUUGUGACUUGGAACAUUUUUUAUGCCUUGAAUUAUUAAAAAAAUAAUUGAUAAAUCAAAAUAGUAGAACCUGUAGACAGUGUUUAGAUAUUUGAGUUUUCUGUUGUUGUUAAAUCUUAUAUUUCAUAUUUAUAGACCAUAUAAGGUAUAAUUGGUUCUCAGAUAUUGACAAUUCAGGGAAAAAAAAUUGAUGAUAAAAAUGGUAACAAAACUUCAUUAUAAUUCAUAAGAUUUGGCUAAGAAAUAACAUAUAUUCUAAAAUCGAAAUGAGUGUGGAUCAUCAAUGAAUGGGGUGUAAAAGUCAGUUUGACAGCUUCAGAUUUGAUAAAAUUUGACCUUUUAGAACUGGACCAAUUCACCACUUAACAUAAAGAUUCAGCACCCAAAUUUUUUUGACAUGGAAUAACAUCCCCCUACUUGAUAUUUCAUGCAUUUGAUAUCAAGAAAUAAAUUGGGAAGUGUAUCAAAUAAAACAUGCAAGUUAUACACUGUUUACACUAGGGACUAUAUUCGUAGACAACAAAAACCAAAGGAUGAUAACUUUGUCCUUGGACCAAUAGCCUUUCUUAGAAUAAUUUAAGUAGUAUCAAUAAGAAGUCCUCUAAAUAGCAGAUAAAUAAACAGUAUUUUUUUCAAGAUGGCCAACUAUUACAGAAAUUUUUUUAUAAUCCGAUUUUAUCAUUUCUUAAAAAAAAAUCUUACAAAACAAACGUUCAUCUCAUUUGCUACUAUUUGUAUGGAUGUUAGCAUACACAUUACUUAUGAUAUUAGUACAAGGUAUAUUGAUUAUAGUUUAAUAACUAUUUAUAUGUGUUUUUGUUGAGGUAUCUAUUGAAGGUUUGUGAUAUAUACUCUUAUGUCCAUGACACAAAAUGUUGUUAAUUGUUUCUCCAAAUCCUUUUUUUAAUUUAUUUAUGUUAUUAUUUCUUUAUUGUUAUAAUGUUUUUGAUGCUACAGAUUUGAACACUGGUUCCAGUAGAAUUGUAGAUUCAUAUAAAACUUUAUCCUGACUAAUUAGACAGAAUUCUACCUUGUAAGAAAUCACACCAAUUAACUGCUGUGUUUUAGCUGAAAACAUUAAAUAAAAGACCACCUGUGUUACAAGACAAUUUUUUUUUAUAUAUUUUAUUUUUUUGGAUCAUUUCACACACACAUAUAGUUUAGUUUGUAUGGAAGUAAAAAAAGUCAAAACCCAUCUGAAGAAUUACAAAUUUCACAUACAAAUAUAAUGGGAAAUACAAAUAUAAUGUGAAAGGCAUAGCAGAUGAUUAAUAACUGAAAUGUUUUUAAAACGCCCAUUUUUUGCACUUUCUUUUUACAACAAAAUCUGAAUAACUUAUUUUUAUUUGGUAACAAAUGCCUGUUCUUAUUCUCAUUUUCUUCAUCUUUAUAGAUGAAAAAGGGAUCAAUAAACUUCCUUGUUAAAUAAGUAUUCUAUAGUGUAUAUAAUCUAUAAUAUCUAGUCAUAAUACUUUCUUACAUAUCUCAAAAUUUUUCUUGUGUAUGCAUGUAAUGUUAUUCCAUAGUUAUAAUUAAGAAAUUAUAUUGAUCCUUUUUGUGUUAUUGUUAUUGUAUCAGUUUGUGCGUAAGUUUUAUUCUACCAUUUUGUGUGUUUUUAUUGUAUAAAUG